UACUGAUUCAGAGUAUUCUGGUCAUUUUAGUUGACAACCCUAUCUUCAUCUCACCCACGUGAUUAUGUAGCCAUCACCUACAUGCCUGCUUUCAUCUUCUAGUAGAACUAGAAAAAGGAACACAAGCUUUUUGGCUUCUGCAAGUACUCUUUGUGUUCCAUCUCCUCCAACUGCUGCUGAAAUCUUGAGAUUGACCAUGUACUUCUACCAUAUUACUUCCGGUAACGGAGCAGUUUUAGUGGGACGGACUUCAUGAUUUUUCAUUAAAAGGGCAUUAUGUUGCUCAGCCACCAGAAGGCAUGAGAUCAAUUCAGAGUAUUUUUGAAAACCCUUUUCACGGUCUGAACACCCACUCCAUUUCUGUUAAAUAAGUAGCAUUUAAAGCUGAAAAAGGGAAUCGAGAAAGCAUAUAAUUCAGUUAAAAAUGCUGGCUUCUAAAGGAGCACUUGUCCCAGAUUCUAGAGUGAUGAGGACCUUAUUCUCCCCCUGCAAUAUUUCACAUAUAUCAGUUGCUAGCUUUGAACGGAAAAGCUCGUUAAAAGCCUACAGUGCAAAAAUGGAGCUCUCAAUCACACGACCUGAUGAUUGGCAUCUUCAUCUCCGUGAUGGUGACGUUCUUAAGACAGUUGUUUCUCACAGUGCACAUCACUUUGGGAGGGCAAUAGUCAUGCCAAAUUUGAAGCCUCCUAUCACUACCACUGCUGCUGCUGUAGCAUACCGGGAGGCAAUAUUGAAAUCUCUGCCUGCUGAUAGUGAUUUCAAUCCUCUCAUGACACUUUAUUUGACAGAUACAACCAGUCCUAUGGAAAUCAAACUAGCAAGAGAGAGCCAGAUCGUAUUUGGGGUGAAGUUGUACCCUGCUGGUGCCACGACAAAUUCUCAAGAUGGAGUGACUGAUCUUUUCGGAAAGUGUUUACCAGUUCUACAAGAACUGGUUGAACAUAAUAUGCCUCUACUGGUUCAUGGAGAGGUUACAAAUCCUGAGGUUGACAUGUUUGAUCGAGAAAAGGUAUUUAUUGAAACGGUUCUAAGCCCUUUGGUGCAGAAAUUUCCACGAUUGAAGGUCGUGAUGGAGCAUGUUACCACCAUGGAUGCUGUAAAGUUUGUUGAGUCUUGCACUGAAGGAUUUGUUGCAGCGACUGUCACCCCACAACAUCUUGUUUUGAACAGAAAUUCUCUCUUCCAAGGGGGCUUGCAACCGCAUAAUUACUGCCUUCCAGUGCUUAAAAGAGAGAUCCACAGGGAGGCACUUGUGUCAGCUGUAACAAGUGGAAGUAGAAGAUUUUUUCUUGGGACUGACAGUGCUCCUCAUGAUAGACGAAGAAAAGAAUGUUCUUGUGGAUGUGCUGGUAUUUAUAAUGCUCCUGUAGCCUUGUCAGUAUAUGCAAAGGUGUUUGAAAAGGAAAAUGCACUCGACAAGCUCGAAGCAUUUACUAGCUUCAAUGGACCAGACUUUUAUGGGCUUCCUAGGAACAAUUCAAAGAUUAAGCUGAGCAAGACACCAUGGAAGGUACCCGAAUCCUUUUCUUAUGCAUCCGGAGAUAUUGUUCCCAUGUUUGCUGGUGAAAUGCUCGACUGGCUGCCGGGUCCUCUCUGAGAAAGAAAACAAGAAAUUCCCAUUCUCAUUUGUCUUUCUUAUUGUAUUGUAAUGUUGUUAUUUAUCAAAAGAUAUAGACUGUAAGAGUAUUCAUUUUCCCAUUCAUGUUGAUUAGAUAUUAUCGCGAUGAUAACCUUCGCUUUGAUAAUAUCCUUUCAGCCAAAAAUUAUGGAAAUAAGAAUAAAGCUUCUGGAUGUGACUGCAUGUAAAGCUUUAACUCCUCCAUUGUUGGAUAUAUCAGCCAAUGGUUCGAAUUUUAAAAAUUAUGAUUAGGUGAAGUAUAUCAGGGCCACCAAAGAGUUCCUGUAUUCAAAACUUCUUUACCUUGUU